UUUAUUGUGCCGUGUGGUGUACAUGUGGUAGGCAAAACUAAAGUGAGGAUAAUAAGUCUGUAGUUAUUGUGACAAAUGAUGUGAUCAACAAUUUAAUAGUUAGUGCAAGUGAAAAUUUGUUUAACUAUUUGACCUUUGCUCUAUAUUUGAUAAUGUUUUGCGGCUACAUAUUAAAUUCAGUUACUGUUCCAUGGUAUUAAAACGUUUGAAGCCCAUUCGAACAAGUUUCUAAGAAUUCAGGAAUGUCCAUUAUUUUAUUGAUUGAUGAAAAUAUUUAGUAACUGUGUUCAUUCGUCAUCUCACUCAUCUCCAUCACUUAAGAUCUAACCAUCUGUCAGUGUCAAAUUCUGCAAUAGCAACUGUCGAAUUCUGUCAUCAAAUUUAAUCAAUUAAUUUCAUUCUUAUAAUAAAAUUAUCAAUGUUUUCAAUUUUGAGUCCAAGUAUCUUGCCAAUAUACUUUUUAAUUCAAGUAAUGUGAUGAAUAUCUAACAGCUCACUCAACUACUUGACAAAAAUAUGGAUGUGAUACACCAAUCUUUGAGUCAACAAACUUUACAAAGCACUAUCGAAGACCUACCAGAUGAAGUCUUGGAAUUUAUUUUAGGAUUUCUGCCACCGUAUAAGGAUUUACAGAACUGUAUGAUUGUUUGUAAACGAUGGUAUAAUUGCGCUCAAAAUGUCUUACACAAAACAUCAAUAAAGUUGAUUAAAGCAGUGGGAGAAUUCAAUAUAUUAUGGAAAAACAUUGCUGCCACUGACAUGGUGCCUACUAUUACCAAACGAUUUUCACAUGCUGCCUGUGUUCUUGAGAACAAUAUGUACAUAUUUGGGGGCUGCACCACAAAUGCCACUUCUUUUAAUGAUCUUUGGCGGUUUGAUUUAUCUGUCAGGCAGUGGGUGAGGCCCCUUGCCACUGGCACAUAUCCUGUUCCUAAAGCAUACACCUCAAUGGUACACUAUAAAGAUGGUUUAAUAGUUUUUGGAGGCUGGACUUAUCCUUCACCUUCUCAAUAUUACCAAAAUGUGACAAUGUUUAAUGAAAUACACUUUUAUUGUGUGAAUACAAAUAAGUGGAUUUUACUAAAUGCAACAAACAGUCCACCUCCUAUGGCAGGACAUUCAGCAUGUAUGAGGGGUGAUGAAAUGGUGGUGUUUGGAGGCCUGGUUAUGUCAGCUGUCCAGAACUAUCAAAUACAAUGUUCCAAUGAUGUAUGGGUCUUAGAUGUACCAACACUAACCUGGAGGAAACAAGCGACAACCAAACUCAGGCCAUCACCAAGAUAUGCUCAAUCUCUCAUUUGUUUAGACUCUGACCGGCUGAUGCUGUUGGGUGGUGUACAAACAUUGCAUAACCGCUUUGUGUACAGUGACUGUUGGAUAUUGAUAAUGAAAGGGCCUACAUGGACAUGGAAAGAAAUGCUUGUCAAGAAUAAAGAGUGGGCUUCUGCUAACAUCUGGUGUAACCCUGCUUGUAGGGUUGGUGAUAAGGUUGUGAGUUUAAGUAGAAGCAGAAAUGGUUGGAACAGUGCCAAACCUUUAGUAACCUCAGCAGUCAGAUUGUCAGCUCUGAGUAGACCUGAGGGUGCACCAGUCUCUGUAAGAGUGGAGCAAAGUUUACAAAGGCCUCUUGAUAGGGAUCAAAAUAUUAAUGGUAGAAGAGGAGUUUUGCCAAGAAGAUUGUCUAAUCCUCCAAGGCAAGAUCAGCAAGUUAACCCCAACAAUGAACCCGUAGCAGGCCCAAGCAAUCAACAGGGGAUACCACAAAACCCUGUGCUGCCUAAUGAAAAUAAUUCUGACCAGAAUGGUGUUGCUGGACCUAGUUCAGAUUCUAAGCCUUUAAAUGGACUAGAGGCUGGAAAAAAAGAUCUAGCAAUGCGAAGGAAUAAAAAUAAGAACAAAGGCAUGAAAAUAGUAAGACAGUUACAGGAAGCAAACAAGUACAGGAUGGCAGCAUUUGCCUGUGAUACAACUCAAAAUACACCUGCAGAAAAUGAUCUCAUUAAUCAAAGACAAAUAGCUCACUUAGAAAAUAGAAGAGAACCAUUGCCUAUACCUCCUAAUCCACAACAGCAACAGCCAGUGGUUAAGAAAGUGAAACGAAAUACUUUGACAAUGCAUGUUUUGGACAUUUCUACUGUUGUUAAUGGUAAUUCUUUAAAUUAUGUGUCAUGGCUCUGUCCUCGUUUAGGCGAAAUGACAGGGGCUCCAGAAGAACUAGUUAUGUACUCAUUGGUAAAAGGGAAUGGGGAACUAAUUAUGUUUGGUGGAGUGCACAAUGAUAUCAGUAUUUUAAAUUGUUCUGAACACCAAAACAUGUAUUCAAACUCAUUGCACUUUAUUAUGCCGCCCAGAGAUAUAAUAUAAAAAGUAGAUUCUUCUAAAAGUUAAAACUUAAAAUUGCUGUCAUCCUGUUUUAUGUGACUCUCCACUACUUUACUAUCUUCCUAUGCCUACUUUACUUGUUACAUAAUAAUUGUUCCGAAUUGUUUCGUUGGCAUUAAACUGGCGUAAUACAAGUUUUGCUUUUACUGGCAAACCAUUUACUGCAUUACUAAUCCAGUUUAAUAGUCUUAAGAUUCUGCAUUCUUAAUAAUAACAAAUUAAAAUGUGUUCUGUGAUUUCUGUUGUAAAUAUGGCUUAUUGUAUAAUGUAACUAAGCUUAUAAUUAAAAGUUGAUUUAUUACUAAAA